AUGAAGAAAGAUGAUGCUGAAGAAUUUGUGAUGGUAGGUUUCAUAACUGCACAGGGAAGAGAUAACCCAGAAGAUCCAAGUGCGUUUGUGUUUAAAGAGUGCAGAGUGUUCGGUACCGACAAAGUUUAUCUUGGAAGAGCAUGGAGAAGUCAUUCUACUGUGUUUUUUUACAAAUCCAAGUUAUCUGACGUUGUUGUUCCUGAAGGUUGGGAUUCUUGGAACUACGCUGGUCAAGAGGGUAAAAUAACGUACGCUGAGCAUGGAUGCUUUGGACAAGGAUCAGACAAGUCGCAACGGGUUGAUCGGAUAAAAACACCAACCCAAGCGAUGGUAGACAAGCUGACGAGUAUAACUUUCGUUGAAAAAGAAGAUUGGAUUAAAGAACAACCUUGA